AUGGUGUCUGUAGCUUCUGGGCCAGUAGCUUCUGGCCCGGAUGCGGCUAUCCCUAUAGGGACUUACCAGCAUACAGGCCCCCCAUGGAUGUAUCGUCGGGUAAAGAUUGGCCAUUUCUAUACCCCCUGGUAUGCUUCACCAGUGGCCCAGCUUAUCUUGGUCUCGUUUGUUUGCUUUCUCUGCCCUGGCAUGUUCAAUGCAGUUAGUGGUCUUGGUGCAGGUGGCCUUGUUGAUCCUCGGGACACCGACAAAGCCAACGUUGCUCUCUACAGCACUUUUGCUAUUGUGGCUUUCUUUGCAGGCUCCAUUGCUAACCGUCUUGGACUCCGUUACACCUUAUCUUUUGGUGGAUUCGGUUACUUUCUCUACGUUGCAUCUAUCUUGUCCUACAACCAUAACAAGAAUGCCGGUUUCCUCAUCUUUGCUGGCGCAUUCCUUGGUGUUUGUGCUGCUUGUCUCUGGACUGCUCAGGGAACUAUCAUGAUGAGCUAUCCCGAUGAGUACACCAAGGGCAGAUUCAUCUCCUGGUUCUGGGCUAUCUUCAACUUGGGUGGUGUAAUUGGCGCACUGUCAACUCUGUCCAGGAUAGCACCUACAUCUGUCAUGAUCCUAUGUCCUGGUUUCCUCCUUGGCUUUGCCCUCGUCAAUGCUAGAGACAUCAAGCGUUCAGAUGGCACCCGCGUCAUCCUCAUGAAGAACCCAUCUUGGAAAUCUGAGCUCAUCGGCCUUGUCACCGUCCUCAAGCCUGACUGGUACAUCAUUGCCUUCUUCCCCAUGUUCUUUGCCAGCAACUGGUUCACUACCUACCAAUUCAAUGCCGUCAACCUUGCCAAGUUCAACAUUCGCACCCGUGCCUUGAACAAUGUUCUCUACUGGAUCUCUCAGAUGAUCGGUGCCUUUGUCUUUGGAUACUUCCUUGAUGGCCAACGCAUUCGCCGUUCAAUCCGCGCCCGCUACGUCCUCGGCAUCCUCCUUUUCAUCACCAUGGCCAUCUGGGGUGACGGAUGGUUUUUCCAGCGAGAAUACGACCGCGAUGAUAUUACCGAGGCCAACCGUAUGGACUGGACUGAUCCCAACUAUGCCUCACCAAUGGUCCUCUACAUGCUCUACGGGUUCUACGAUGCUGCCUUCCAGACCUGUGCUUACUGGUUCAUGGGUGCUUUGACCAACAACUCCCGCAAACUUGCCAACUUCGCUGGUUUUUACAAAGGCAUCCAAUCUGCCGGUGCAGCUAUUGCAUGGCGAAUUGAUAGUCAGGCUGUUAGCUACCGCGCCAUGUUUAUUUCCAACUGGGUCCUCCUCGCUAGCUCUUUGAUUGUUGCCGCCCCAGUCAUCUGGAUGAAGAUCAAAGACACCACUGACAUUAUGAGAGACCUGAAGUUUUCUGAUGAGAACUUGGAGGAAGUUUCCACUGCCGCUGCCAUGGAGUUGCGCGGUAGGUAG